AUGAAGCUUAAACUUAGAACACAGAAUAUUGAAGCUUUAAAGACGACACUUUCACUAAUAAGUCAUAUACGAAAGUUUGUCAUACUAAGAUUCACCCCUACUCAGCUACUAAUAAUACUGGUAAAUGGAUCUUCUAUAACGCAAGAGCCACAAGUAUGGUGUAAGUUACAAAUCAAUAAUAUCUUCGAUCAGAUUGAGAUCCAAAGUUUGCGGGAUAACACCAUUCUGUUGGAAAUAAAUAUUGAGCAAUUGCUACUGACUUUGCAUAACUUCAAUAGAGCAAAUAGUGACGGGCUAAAUAUACGGCUUCAAAAGAAAGAUACUUCAGGUGGCCAAGGAAUUAAUAUAAGUAAUGGGAGAAUUGCUUCUUUAGCGCUAUUCUACUCAAAUAUCAACAUUAAUUCUAACGCGAUCAAUCACACCUUCCGUUUACCAGUCAAGAUCUUGAAAAACACAGAUGACAUUAUGCUCCUCAAGGAGCCAGAAUUGACAGAAGUGGAUUUAAUGAUGAGGUUGCCUAAGGAAUUUCUAUCGACUUACAAGAGAUUAGAAAAGUUUAAGAAAACUUCGAGUAAUGAUUUGGUCAAUAUCAAAUCAAGCAGGCGUAAUGGAGGAUUUUUAGGCUUUGUAUUGGAAGAGGAUGGUAAAUUCAAAGUUACAAUAAGCUGGAACGACAAACUAGAAGUUCAAAAACCUAAUAGAAGUAAUCUUGAUGGUGAGUCGUUACGAUUACCAAACCUACACAAUCCAGGAUCGGUUAUCAGUCAAGAUAUUGAUGAGGAUAAUACUCAUGAAGAUAAAGAAAUAUUGGUAAGACUAAGAGAUUGGAAGAUGGCAUCUAAAAUUGUUGCAACUUGUAAGACUGUGAUUUUCCUUUUAACUCACAGAGAAGCAUGUGUAUUGCAUUGCUUAUUAGAUGAUACCGAUGAUGUCGAGAUAAUUUAUUAUAUCAGUGGUGUCAAAGUCCGUGAUAUUCUUGAUAAUUGA